AUGGAUACAGAAACCCCGCCGAUGCAAGAUCAUGACUUCGUCAACUCGCAGUGGAUUGACAUGGGAGGAUAUGCGGUAGCUCAGCAUCAGCAGUUGACCGAAUUCUCUGGGUUUCAGUUUGGAUCUUCUCCCAUCAUGCCAAUUGAACCUGCAUAUAGCAUGUCUAUGCCCCAGCCUUAUACAACACAACACUUGAUUCCGCUCACCAUGUCUUCUCAAUGGCCGAGCAUGCUAUCUACUCAGCCUGGCUUCGCGCCAAUGCCGGUUGCACCAAUGCCAAUGACUCCAAUUGCACCUCCUUUGCAGCACGUUCAAACGCCUCAGAUACCGACGCCACCUACCCCGCGGAGAACUUUGACUGAUGCCGAGCGCCGACGCAUGUGCUUGUAUCAUCAGGAGAACCCGCAUGUUAAGCAGACCGAGAUUGGAGCUAUGUUUGGCGUUGAACGAAGUACCGUUUCCAAAGUACUCCGUCAAAAGGACAAGUACCUCUUCCCCGAUGAUGGCCAUCGAUCACCCAUUAAGAAGGCGAAAGGGAAGUUUCCAGAUAUUGAACGAGCCUUAUCAAACUGGGUUAAGAACCACCAGCGACAAGGCGGGGAUAUCAAUGAUGCAUUAAUCAGGGAGAAGGCUUUAUUUUUUGCAAACACCGUCGGCAGCCCUGAAGGCCAUGAGAAGAUCUUGACCUCAAGUUGGCUAGAGAGGUUCAAGCAAAAGAAUUACAUCAUUAGCUCCCCAGGCAGGAAGUCCUCUGUCGACUCGAUUAGUCCAAGGAAACGGUCUACUAUCAGGACACCCACCCAGCUCUCUCCUGUUUCCCCUACCCUUACCACGACACCUUCUCCCAUAUCUCCAACACAGCCUGGAUCUGCGCAAGAGGGAGAACUCAGUGAACUCGGUAAUGACGCCUUUAACGCACCCCUACCCCAGGAGAAUAAACCGGUUGUACCACCCGCUGUCACCAGAGCAACAAGUGAAUCAAACAUAAUCUUCUCUCAUAACCCUUUUGCACCAUCUGAACAUACAGGCUUAGGUGUGGAAUCAAAGCGAAGACGGAGCCAAACAUUGCCUCUAAUGAUCUCUGGACCCUCCACGGUCAAGGAUGAAAUCCCAGAGAGCUUAUCGCCUACAAACACCUUCACCCAAUCAGGAGUCAUCGAAGAGGAGCCUACUGAGUAUAUAGGCGCACCUGCAAUGAAACGGAACUGCAGCAAUCCAGAAAUAACCACCAAUAUCACUUCUAUGCAACCGCCACCCCUUCCAAAAUCAAAGAGCAUAUCAUCUCCGGCCACCACUCCCAGCUCUCCGACCCAGGAUGAAGCUCGAAAGGCCUUGGAGUUGGUCCUCAACUACUUCCAAAACCAGUCAACGGAAUUGGCGAUGUCUGACUAUCAGAUUAUAGGGAGACUCAUGGAGAAACUAAAACUAGCACAAGGCCAGCCCUAUAUACAACCCAUGAAAGCUACCUCCCGAGCCAAGUUCCACACCGAUAGACCUCGGCUCGGAGAGUAUUUACAACGACUACCGCUCGCGCGGACUGGGAAACGGGGAUAG